AUGGUCACGUCACUGAAAAGGUCACCAUCGCGGGCCAUUCUCUGUAUUCAUGGCGGCGGUGCUUCACCCGACAUAUUCCGUUUCCAGCUCGCGGGUUUCCGUGCAGCUCUCAAAGAGGAUUUCGAGUUCGUGUUUGCCACCGCACCCCACGUUGCCGUCCCCGGCCCAGAUGUUCUCCCCUUCUUUGCCGGAAUGAAGUCGUUUUACUCUUGGUUUCGCAAGGGUGCAACCGACACCGAAGGCGAAGUUGCAGUGUUCAACGAAGCUAUCAAGAUGGCGGUACAGGACUGGCAGCUGGAGAACGAGCACGUCAAAAUUGUUGGCGUCUUGGGCUUCUCGCAGGGCGGACUAGCGAGUACGGUCUUGCUGUGGGAGCAGGAGGUGGGACUGGUGCCGUGGCUCCCGCGAUUGGAGUUUGGAGUGUUGGUCUGCUGCGCUUAUAGUGAUGUCGCGACAGAUUAUAUCCGCGACAAGUCAGGGGGCGGUGACAUUGCCAAAAUUUCGGACUGUAACUUGGGACAGGCGAGAAAUACUCUUGCCACGCAUUACUCCUCGAAGGCCGCUCAUGUUAUCAACUUUGAAGGAGGACAUCAUAUUCCUCAGAAAAGGGAGGAUAUUAUCAAGAUGACGAACCACAUUCGACACCUGGGUAAAAAGGACAUCAUGCACUAG